UUAUUGUUCGACCUGAAAGAUGUCUAAAGUCCAAAUACUGAGGUCUUUUGUGAACCAGAGACUGACUGCGGCUGCUGAGGAGAUAUUUGAUCUGUUUGAAAGGACGAUAGCAGAGUACGAGGAGGAAAUCUGUCGGUCCAAAGAGAAUCAACACAAGCUGCUGGACGCUGUUUACAACCCUGAAGUCCGCCUCCACAGAGCAGAAGCCCAGCAGCUGUUUGCGGGUGAAGAGGAGGUUCCCCCUGAGCAGCAGGAGAGGGGCUCCGGUCAGAACCAGGAGGACCCACCAGAGCCACCGCACAUUAAAGAGGAGCAGGAGGAGCUCUGGACUCAUGAGGAGGGGGAGCAGCAGCAGCAGCAGCAACAGCUUCGAGGGCCGGAGGAGGCUGAUAUCAUCACGUUUACAUUCACUCCUGUCCCUGUGAAGAGUGAAGAGAACGAUGAAGAGAAGCCCCAGUCCUCAGAGCGUCAUGGAAAUCAAACUGAAGAGAGCAGAGACGGAGAGAAACCAAACUUUAAUCCAGACAGUCUUUCACAGCCAGUCGCUCAUGACGACACUUCUCUCUCUGAAUCUGAGACUGACGUCAGUAGCUGUGACUGGGAGGAGACCAGUGACUCUCAGUUAGAUGAAACCCCUCUGCCCGACAACAAAGAUGUACCUGUGAGUGAUCUUGAAUGUAAUGCAGGAAACACACCGUUGAGCUCUGAAUGUGCUACAAGCUUCGAACACGACGAACAUCUGCAAAAUCGCGCUGGAUUCCAAACAGGAGUGAAACCGUUCAAGUGCCCGAUUUGUGGCAAAAGAUACCCGCAGAAGAUCUCCUUAACAAAGCACAUGAAACGGCAUUCAGAAGGAACAUGUUUUAGCUGCUCGGUUUGUAAGAAAAGCUUCCCGUGGAGAGGAGAGCUCGUGCGGCACAUGAGAAUCCACACCGGAGAGAAACCUUUCAGCUGCUCCGCCUGUGGCAUACGGUUCUCACAAAGGAUACACCUGACCUCCCACUUGCGAGUCCACACGGGAGAGAAACCGUUCACCUGCUCGGUUUGCCAGACAAGUUUCAGUAUCAGGAAGAAUUUGGGCAUACACAUGAGAAUCCACACGGGGCAGAAACCAUUUAGCUGUUCUGUGUGCGGUAAAAGGUUUGCGCGGCGCGGAGGGCUGACGCGUCACUCGACCGUCCACACAGGGGAGAAAGCCUUCAGCUGUUCCUUUUGUGGUGAACGGUUUGCACACCUUGUAACUCUGAAGCGCCACCUGACGGUCCACACGGGGGAGAAAGCAUUCAGCUGCAACGUUUGUGGAAAGAGAUUCGCUCGGCUCCAGUAUCUCAAAAAACACAAGUGUGUCGUGGAGAGCAGCACGAAGAAAUGUGUGUCCGGAGGAGAAGUCGUUGUGAUUUAUUAUUUUUUUUUAAAAAUGUCUAAAGUCCAAGUGCUGAGACUUUUCGCCAACCAGAGACUGACUGCAGCAACCGAGGAGAUAUUUGAGUUGUUCGAAAGGACGGCGACUGAGUACGAGGAGCAACUCUGUCGGUUAAAAGAGGAAAACGAGCAACUGCGGAAACUUGUGGACUCUGGUUUGAGCCCUGAAGCCCGGUCACACCAAGCAGAUGACCCGCAGCUGACGGUAAGAGCAGAAGAGGUUCCCUCUGAGCAGCAGGAGAGGGGCUCCAGUCUGAACCAGCAGGACCCACCAGAGCCACCGCACAUUAAAGAGGAAGACGAGGAACUCUGGAGCAGUCAGGAGGGAGCGCUGCUUCAAGUAUUGGAGGAGGCUGAUCUCGGCACUCUCACGUCCACUCCUGACCCUGUGAAGACUGAAGACGAAGACGAUGCAGAGAAACCUCAGUCCCCACAGCUUCAUGAAAACCAAACUGAAGAGAGCAGAGACGCAGAGCAUUUGAAGACAGAAACUGAUGGAGAGGACUGUGAAGGAUCAGAAGCAGACAGAGACUUUAAUCCAGACAGUCAUUUACAGCCGGCUACUCCUGACGAGGCUUCACAUCUCUCUGGAUCUGAGUCAGAUGAAAGACGACGUGAUGUGGAGGUGGGUAUGGAUCCUCUAUCCGGUUUUAAACCUCUCCAAAGCAAAGAAGCACCGAUAAGUGAACUGGAACCUUCUCCUGAAAAAACAUCAGUCAGCUCCUCUGAAUGUGCUUCAAGCUUUGCACAAAUUAAUCAUCCCCAGAAACAAGAAAGAAUUAAACCGUUCAGUUGCUCGGUUUGUGGUAAAAGAUACUCAAAUAAGACUAAUUUAUCCGCUCACAUGACUCGUCAUUCGAAAGGACAUCGUUUCAGCUGCUCAGUUUGCAAGAAAAGUUUUCCAUGGAGGGGAGAGCUUAUGAGACACAUGAGAACCCACACAGGAGAAAAGCCCGUCAUCGGUGGUGAAGGGUUAACAGAAAAGUCACAUGUGUACACGCAUCUGCAAGUGGACACAGGAGAGCAGCUAACCUGCACCUGUUCAGUUUGUAAAGCAAGUUUCCCCUGCAGGUCAGGACUGGACGUACACAUGAGGACCCACACGGGGGAGAAACCCUUUGGUUGUACGCUGUGUGGGAAAAGAUUUACACAAAAUGGAAAUCUGAAACGCCACAUGGCUGUCCACACAGGGGAGAAACCCUUCAGUUGUUCGGUGUGUGGGAAAAGAUUUCCGUCGAAGCAAGACUUAAACCGCCACUGGACCGUCCACACGGGACAGAAACUGUUUAGCUGCAGUGUUUGUGAUAAAAGGUUUGCUUGGCAUCAAAGUCUCAGAAAACACUCUUGUCCAGGGGUCGUCCUGUCUUGGCUCAGGCUGGUUUUUUUGUUCUGUUGGAAACGUUGCUCUAAAUUGUGUAAAAAAAAAAAAAUGUCAAAAGCCAAAACGCUGAAAUGUUUUGUGAAGCAGAGACUGACUGCGGCUGCUGAGGAGAUUUUUGAGCUGUUUGAGAAAACGAUAUCAGAGUACGAGGAGCAAAUGUGUCAACUAAAAGAGGAAAACGAGCGACAACACAAACUCCUUGAGGCUGUUUCCAAAGCGGACGUCGUGCAGCUGACGGUGAUCAAAGAAGAGGUUCCCCCUGAGCAGCAGGAGAGGAGCUCCAGUCCGAUCCAGGAGAACCCACCAGAACCUCCACACAUCAAAGAGGACCAGGACGGAGAGCAGCUUAAAGGGCCAGAAGAGGCUGAUAUCAGCAUGUUACUAAGGUUCACUCCUGUCGCCUUGAAGAGUGAAGAAGAAGACGAGAACCCUCAGUCCUCACGGCUCAAUGAAAUCAGCACUAACGAGAGCAGAGACACAGAGCAUGAUGGAGAGGACUGUGGAGGAGCAGAACCAGACCGAGACUUUAAUCCAGACAGUCAUUUACAGCCGGUUACUCCUGACAAGACUUCACACCUUUCUGGAUCUGGAUAUGAGACUGACCUAAAGAACCACAUGAUAGGUCAUUCAGAAAACAAUUCGUCUUUGGUGGAACACCCAAGAACUCAUAAAGGAGGAAAACCUUUCGCGUGCUCGGAGUGUAAAGCCGCUUUCGGACGCAGGUCAGAUAUGGUUAUACAUAUGAGAAAGCAUACUGGGGAGAAACCGUACAGUUGUUCAGUUUGUGGGAAAAGAUUUGCACGUAAUCACCUGAAGAUCCACAUGAGAACGCACACUGGAGAGAAACCAUUUAGUUGUUUAGUGUGCGGGAAAAGGUUUGCACAUAGUGGGACUUUGUUACAACACAUGAACGUUCACGACGUAGAGAAACCGUUCGAUUGUUUGGUGUGUGGGAAAAGCUUUGCAUACAGUACAAGUCUGAAACGACACAUGGCGAUCCACGGCCCAUAAAAUUCACUCGUCUCCAACUUGUUAAAAGCACAGAGGCAGCUACAGUAAAAUAAGUGAAGCACCAGGGAUGCCUGUAGAGCUGAGUCUUGAAGCGGGAUUAAACUGACUGAGAUUAAAAGAAAAUCAAUUCCUGAUCUUUUCAUCUCAAUUUAGAUAAAGCCUCAUGUUCAUGUUAAUUCUGUUAUUUGCCUGUGUGUUUGGUACUAACAUGUUCACUUAUUUAAAUGCAUCAAUAACUCAAUGUAUUUCAAAUUUCAUGGAGUGAGCGGCACCUGACACAUUGACACCAAGUACACGUUUACGGCAGUAAAGUCCACUGUUAGUGUACGAAUGAAUCAUGGUGGUGGAAGAUUGGAGAUUCUGGAGUAGAAUAUUAGCGGUUCAUGGUGGUGGCCCCCGUGCUGACAGGCCACCAGCACUUCCAUGUGCCACGGCACGUGUCAGGUGCUGCUUUUCGAUCUCGGUGCUACUGAUUUCAUGGACUUCCCUGGUUUUGAAUUAAUCUCUUUGUGUGAAACUUUGUUUUUCGGUAAUUUUAGUAGCUGCAGUUUAACACAUUUUAUUGUAAAAGAGGUGUUCCUAUUUUUCUGGUCUGUCUCCAGUUCGUGCUCAGGUGUAUGUUUAGAGAGUUUUGAAUUCCUGUUGUAAUUCUUCAAGUGUAUAUGUUUUACCUGGGACUUGUAACCUUCUUGAUACCUGUCUCAGUGAGGAAACAGAAAGAACUCAUCAAUUUCAUAACACAUCCAGAACCUUGACCUGUGUUGUUACUCUUGUCUUAUAAUGUGUAAUUCAAAGAAGGAAAUCCAGAAGUUUUUAUGUUGUUUUUGUCAGGAUAUCAAGGGAAAUAAUUUGUUUGCUUGUGAGGCUAUAAGGGCGAUUCCCUUUUCAACACGUCUGUCAGUGUUUCAACACUGUCCAAAGCUUUCAGUAAGCGUGGGCUUCAUGAAUGACAUUGACUGAUAAAAUAUGAAUCGUGCUUACAUAUGUCAGACUAAGGGUUUCACUUAGCGA